AUGAGUGGUGCUACCUCGCCAGACAUUGUUCCGAGCACGCCCGCUACCACACCGCCAACAAAUACUUCACCAGAAUGUAGUAGGGCAAGCAGUGUAUUGGGGGACCCAGUUAAGGAAGAAACAGUUCCAGAAAACAAUGACUCGCUGUCCAUGAGCGAAACGGAAAUGGAGAAGCGGUUAUCUCGUUUACAAUUCGUCCUCGACCGCUCAGCAGUGUUCUCAACCAUUCUAAAAAACCGAAUGGACGAGGAGAAGGCAAGGCAGGCCGCCCUCCAAGCUGAGAAGAGAAAAGAACAGACCGGGAAGAAGCGCGGCCGUUCUGCAGUCCAAUCAUCACCUAAAGGAAAACGCAAAAAGGGCGCGAACGGAAACGCUGUUCCCAUAGAAGAGCCAGAAGUCGAGGAUGGCGAGGGUGCUGUUUUCCAGCAACCGGCACUCAUUACGGGUGCCAAACUCAAACCAUACCAGCUGGAAGGAUUACAGUGGAUGGUGUCUCUUGAUCAGAAUGGUAUUUCUGGUAUUUUAGCGGACGAAAUGGGUCUUGGAAAGACUUUGCAAACGAUUGCCUUUAGUGCAUACCUGCGCGAGCAUCACAACUCCAGACCGUUUCUCAUCGUCUGCCCGCUCAGUGUGCUUCACAACUGGGUAGAUGAAUACAAGAAGUUCGCUCCUGACAUUCCUGUCUGCAUGUAUCAUGGUACCCCAGAAGAACGAGCUGAACUUCGACGGACAGUAAUGUCACUGUCUGGGAAUGAAGUUGCGGCCCCCAAGCCCAAGGCUAAAACUCCAAAGAAGAAGACACCUGUCCAGGCGACGCGCAAAUCCGACAGGACCGCCAAACCUGUAGCAGAGACAUCGUCUACGGGAUCAAAAAGGCGCGGACGCCCCAGAAAGUCGAAAGUUGUCGAAGACGAAGAUGAAGAAAGGGAAACAAUGGAUGUCGAUAAAGAGGUUGAGGAGGUCGAACCUAUCACGUUCCCCAUCGUAUUAACGACGUACGAAAUGAUUAUCAAAGACCGAACCUACCUCUCUCAUUACGACUGGGGCUACAUUGUCGUUGAUGAAGGGCAUAGGUUAAAGAAUCUCGACUGCAAACUGAUGAAGGAAAUCAAGAAAUACCAGAGUGCCGGACGAAUGAUUUUGACUGGCACACCGUUGCAUAAUAAUUUGGGUGAAUUGUGGGCACUUCUCAAUUUCAUCUUGCCGGACAUUUUCGAUGACGUCGACACUUUUGAAGAAUGGUUCGACUUGCCUCAACUACAAUCUUCCUUACCAACGUCUCAAUCAUCUCAAAUCAUUUCCUCCCUCCACGCCAUAUUGAAACCCUUCCUCUUGCGACGGCUUAAAGUCGACGUUGAAACAAACUUACCUCCCAAGAAAGAAUAUGUCCUUUAUGCACCCCUCAGUAUGCGACAAAGAGAGGCAUACGACCGCGUUCUAGAUGGCGGACUCAGGAAGUGGCUGAUUCAAGGCGGCACAUCGGGCGUUGAAAUCCCGGUAGACACAGAUGAGUGCGUGGCGGUGAAGAAGGAGGAAGAUGCAGAUGGCAAGGUACCCGACAACGACAGCAAGGAGGAAGAGGACAAGCAGGAGGGCACUUCGAAACGGCGUGCAUCGACGCGGUUCGUAAAGGGCGGCCGGAAGAGCUAUGCUGUCGAUGGAAGUGACCGCGAGUACUUUAAGAUGCUGGAGCGCGGUGAGCUUGAUGAACGUGGGCUUAAGGUCACCAAGACAAAGGAAGAAGCAGCGGAGGAAGAGGCGAGGAUAGGGAGGGAGCAUCAGGAGCGGACGAAAGACCCAAACACAAUGUACCCUGUCUUGGGCGAGGAGCUCGUCAACGCGAGCGGAAAGAUGAUGGUUCUCGACCGACUGCUCAGAGAGUUGUUCAAGCGGAAGCAUAAAGUGUUACUUUUCAGUCAGUUCACGACUAUGCUCGACAUCAUUGAAGAUUGGGCGGUUGAUUAUAUGGGUUGGCCAAUUUGCCGCAUAGACGGUUCAACAGCGCCGCAGGAAAGAAGAGAACAGAUGAACAAGUUCCAGAACGGGGGCGAUGACCCGAAUGCGCCCUGUCUUUUCUUGCUCAGCACCCGCGCCGGAGGCUUGGGUAUAAAUCUGGUCGCUGCCGAUACCGUCAUUUUCUACGACCAGGAUUGGAAUCCUCAGAUGGAUGCGCAAGCACAGGACCGCGCGCAUCGCAUUGGACAAACUAAACCUGUGCUGAUAUAUAGGCUGGUUAGUGCGCACACCAUUGAGACCAAGAUCAUGCAACGUGCUACAGAGAAGCGCAAACUUGAGGCGCUUGUGAUCGCCAAAGGCAAAUUUAGGAAGCCAGCUGCAGCCGCUGCGAACCCGAAGCGCGAAACGAUGGCGGACAUGGCCGCUUCGUUGUUGCGUCUGGAAGGAGAGAAAAUCGACGUCGUGCCCAACACCAAAGAGGGCAAGCAAGGGGUUCUGAGCGACGAGGAUCUUGAUCUUCUGCUUGACCGCAGACCGGAGGUGUUUGCGGAGCGCGGGCAAGGGUGGACCUCGGGUGGUGUGCGCGCGGUCGCGGGAGGCACAGCUGUCACUGGGGGCGUCACCACGGGUGUCGGUGCGACUGGUGGUGACGAGGAGAGCGCGGCUGGUCAAAUUGAUCACUCUGCGAUGGGUGCUGGGAAGAAGGCUGCGUUUGCUGUGUAUGAAGCACCUGCUGAAGAGGGAAAUGAUGCGCUUGCGAAGAUGAUGGCGGAAGUGGAGGAGGCGUCGUAA